GAACGCACACUGUUGCAGGAAGUCAGUCGGGUUAGGUUGAAUUGUUUCCACGGAACUCGUGCUGUGGGAUUUAAACGUAGGAACUGUUAUUUGUCAGAAUAACAACACCGUUUUGCUUUUAACAGUAACGUUGGCCUGUUUGUUGCCGGGAUACCAGGAUGCCACCUAAAAAACGCAGCUCUGCGGCGUCACAGAGCAAGGAGCCGAAGCCUGGGGCUGAAAGCGCCUCUCCAGACAAGAAAGACGGCUCAGAGUUCUCUGUUAAAAAGCACAGAGACAAGGACGCGGAGUUCGUUGCCCUGUGCAAAAGCCUCCAUGUGACCGACCUGGUGUGUGACCGUGCCUGGACGCUGUGGAAAAGUGUGGAUGAGUCCGCGGAUGAGGACGCUCGUAAGCAGCAAAAGCUGUGGGGAGCUUGUCUGUUUGUGACUGCGACAGACAUGGAUAUCGCUUGUUUUACCUUCACUCAGGUUCUGAAGGCAGUUAGUCUAAGUGUUAAAGAGUUUGUGGCUUUGGUGAAGAAGUUGGAUGUGAACUUGGAUACAAUCAGCACCAAGGUGAAUUCAGCACUAACGCGUCUGGAGAAGAAAUACGACGUGAUGCUAGCUCUGUACCAGAGAUUUGAGAAAACAUGUAAGAGCAUCUUUGCUGAAGUUCCUGAUGGCACGGAAAGGAAGACCAUGCGCAGCUGUUGGACUAUGUUUCUAUUGGCCAAAGGAAGGACCUUGCAGAUGGAGGAUGACCUUGUCAUAUCAUUCCAGCUGCUGCUUUGUGCACUGGAGUUAGUCGUCAAGCGCAGCCCUUCAGAGCUUCUGCAGCCUCUUUACAUCACAAGCAAAGCUCAAAGCCCCCCACAACGAAUGUCCCGUCGUAACCAGAGCAGAGCUAAGCCCCGACCUCCAGAGCCAGAGGUGGAUGUGGAGCUUCUCGAAACCUUGUGCAAGGAGAAUGAUUGCAAUGCAGACGAGGUGAAGAAUGUUUACCAGACCAGCUUCUCUGCUUUCCUGGACUCGCUGGAUCUUUCAAAAUCCCCAGAUUUUCCUCAGGUGAACGACCUCGACCAACAAUAUGAAGAGCACUACCUCAAGAGUAGAGACAUUGAUGGACGACUGUUUUUUGAUGGAGAUGAGACCGUUCUUCCACCUAAAGUCGAGAUAACACAGGUGGAGAGAACUCCAAAGAAGAACCUGCCAGAAGAUGAUGCUGUGCUCAUCCCUCCCCAAACUCCAAUUAGAGCUGCCAUGACCUCCAUUCAGCAGUUAAGAUGUGGACUCACCUCCAAUGGGGACCAGCCAUCUACUGCCCUAACUACCUAUUUCAAGAAUUGCACUAUCGACCCAACGCAGGACGUGCGGAAGCGACUCGAGACGUUUGAACAAGUGUUCAGUGAAAGAUUUGCUCAGGCUGUCGGUCCGCGCUCUGCAAUACUUGGCAAACAGAGAUUUACCCUCGGUGUGAGACUGUAUUACAGAGUCAUGGAGGAAAUGCUGAAAUCGGAAGAGAAACGUCUGUCUGUACAAAACUUCAGUAAGCUCCUCAAUGACACCACGUUCCACACGUCACUGUUGGCCUGCGCUUUGGAGGUGGUCAUGGCAACAUAUGGAGAGAGCGGCUUUAAGAGUGGAGGAUACGGCAGUGGUGGCGGAGACCCGUCUGAAACCGAUGUGUGUUUCCCCUGGAUACUGGAUACGUUCAACAUCGCUGCCUUUGACUUCUAUAAGGUCAUCGAGAGCUUCAUUAAGGCUGAUCCCACUCUGAACAAAGAGGUCAUUAAACACCUGGAGACCUGUGAGAAUCUCAUCAUGGAGAGGAUUGCAUGGAGAACGGGCUCCUCGCUGUUUGAGCUGCUGAAACAGGAGCAUGAAAGUGGAGCGGCAGUGGAGCAGGUGGAGACGACGGCCAGCUUCAGCCAACCUCUGCAGCACAACCACACUGCAGCUGACUUAUAUCUGUCUCCUGUGCGUCCGGGCUUUCGUGUCUUACCUCCUGAUUCGCCUGCUGCAUCCAGCUCUCAGACUUCCUCUCAGGCCCCAAACCAGCCGAACAGCCAGAGUCCACGGCGCACAAAGUCCAAUUCCCUAAGUCUCUUCUAUAAGAAAUUGUACCGUCUGGCCUAUAUGCGGCUGAAGAUCCUCUGCUCCUACCUGCUGUCCUCCCAUCCUGAACUGGAGCCCAUCAUAUGGACCCUUUUCCAGCACACUCUCCAGUUUGAGUACGAACUGAUGCGAGAUCGGCACCUUGAUCAGUUGAUGAUGUCAGCCAUGUAUGCCAUAUGCAAAGUGAAGAGUGUUGAUCUGCGCUUCAAGACCAUUGUCACGGCUUACAAGAACUUGCCCAACACCAACCAGGAGACCUUUAAGAAUGUGUUAAUCACCGACGGCCACUACGACUCCAUCAUUGUCUUCUAUAACCAAGUGUUCAUGCAGAGGCUGAAAACCAAUAUCCUGCAGUACGCGUCUAACAGGCCGCCUACUCUCUCUCCGAUUCCACAAAUGCCACGCAGCCCCUACAAGUUUCCCAACUCUCCCCUACGUGUGCCAGGCAGCAACAAUGUCUACAUCUCCCCUCUGAAAAACCCGCGUAUGUCGCCGGGUAUCAUGACUCCUCGUUCUAGAAUGCUGGUGUCCAUUGGUGAAUCUUUUGGGCUGUCGAAUCGGUUCCAGAAGAUCAACCAGAUGGUCAACAGUAGCGAUCGCUCCUUCAAAAGGACUCUUGAUCUCGGCUCUGCCCCGAAACCUCUGAAGAGGUUACGAUUUGAUGUGGAUGGACAAGAUGAAGCUGAUGGCAGCAAAUCUGGUGGAGAUUCUACACUGAUACAGAAACUUGCAGAGAUGAGCUCCACUCGAACUCGCAUGCAGGAACAGAAGAUGAAGGAGGACGCAGAAUCAAAGAAGGAGUGUCAGCACGACUCUGAUUUCCUAAAAGCAACACUAGCCAAAGCCAGACGAGUGGUUAAUUAUUUGAUAGACUGAGCAUGAUGAUGUUUUCUGUUUUUAUUUUGCGUUUGUUCUCUUUAUGCACUGACAGUGUUGUUAUAUUUCUGUAUUUUAAAUUACAUUACAGAUUUUCAAGAAGAAAACCUUUUUAGAUAUUUGUCUCUUUGUUUUCAUUAUAUCCUUUAUGAUUUUAGUGUUUGCAAAAUAAGUAAUGCAACAAAAUAGAAUAAAUUGUGCAAUUAGUUGCUUUUGAUUUGAUUAAAACCUCAUAAAAGAAAAAA